UCUCUUCACCGGAAAAGAUCAGUUAGUGUUGAUGCGGCCAAUCUGCCCGCAAGCUAAGAGCAAAUAUAAAAGUAACGCGGAGCGGAUCAUGUACCGUCAUGCGGUGUAAUGUGUCAACAGUGCCUAGUUUGACGUUGCCUUAGUCCCGGGACGCAGCAGUCCAGGAUGACUCUGAUAGAGGGCGUGGGUGAUGAGGUCACUGUGCUCUUUGGAGUGGUGUUCCUGGUGCUGGUCGUGGUUCUAGCCUGGGCCUCCACACAUACUGCAGAGCCUCCAGAGCACCUCCUCCCAUCCACCCCGGCAUCCGCUGCCUCCUCUUCAGAGGUUGAGAGUCAGGAGCCCCUCCCCUCCAGUGACAUCACCUCACCGUCCCAUAGCCUGAGGGAGGACGGUAAGGCUGAGGCUGAGAGUGGAGCUGAGGGCCAGGCUUCAGAUGAUGGAGGAGGAGAUAGAGGCUUGCUGGGAGCAGACGGUCUGAGGCACCGAGAGGCAGCAGGACCUUCGCUUGCCACCCAGCCACCAGCUAGUGCCUCAAGCCCCAUGCAGCCCACCUCUUCUGAAGAUGUGUCCAACGACACAGUGAGAAACAUGGUGUUGAGGCUGAAGUUCCUGAAUGACACAGAGCGAAUAGCACAGGUCAACCCCGAAGACACCAUCGGUUACAUUAAAAGGACCUACUUCGCUGGCCAGGAACACCAGGUGCGUCUGAUCUACCAGGGUCAGCUCCUCCAGGAUGACGCCCAGACCCUGUCCUCUCUGAACCUGGCCGAUAACUGCGUUCUGCACUGCCACAUCUCUCAGCACGCCACCCGGGCCGUUCCCGCAGGUGCCCGUGCUGCCGACCAGGUGCACGUGGCGCUGAACGUGGGCAGCCUGAUGGUGCCGCUGUUCGUGCUCAUGCUGUCCGUGCUGUGGUACUUCCAGUUUCAGUACCGUCAGUUCUUCACCGCACCUGCCACUGCCUCUCUUGUCGGCAUCACCAUUUUCUUUAGUUUUGUUGCAUUCGGGGUAUACCGCCGCUGAUGGGUAGCUUCACUCAACACACAAACACACACUCAUGUACACUCAUUUUUGCACUUGCAUACCAGCGCCAGUGUCUGUCGCUUCUGGGAUCUCUGGACUCUCUAAGGUUGUUUUUGAAGGCUGUGAUUUCAGAAAAUAAUCUCUGAGAUCUAUUUUUUUUUUUGUCCUUUUUUUUCUUCACUGUUGUCAUUUUCAUCUGCACCAAGUUUAUGCUUGUGUCACAGAUAGAAAUGUGCUAUAUAU